CCCAUUUAAUCAACUGUCAGAAUCUAAGUGGUUGCUCAUCAAGUAAGAAUUAAUUCAGCAUCCAGGAAAGAAAAAAAAGGGGAAAAUUUUCAUUUGAAAAGCUUCCAGAUAUCUGUUUUAUCAAACAUCAAAGACCUUUUGGUCCCAAGUCAAUAUCAUCAACCUCAGAUCCAAUUGAAUCAGAAAAAACAAACCACCCAACCUCUUCUGGGUUCUGUGGACUGUUUUUCUCUGCUCUGGAUUGCUUGGUCUGCCCAGUUUGGUUCAAGUAUUGUUAGAACAACAACAUCAGUAGCAAACCCAUGUCUGGAAAUUCAGUUCAACUCAUGCUUCAGCUGUUCUCAGGUUAGCGUGGCGAUGACUUAUAUUUGGUUGGGUUUUAUUGGAUAUCCAUAGGUUGCAUUUUGUUAAUUGCAGCAUAAUCUUGAAGAUAAUUAAAAGGAAGAGAAAAUGAGGAUGAGGAACAAAUACAGGAAACCAACCACUUUCCAUUGCAAUGCAGGGAGCAGAUGUUCAACGUCUGCUGUGGUGUGGAGCUUGGUGGGAUGUUUUCUUAUGUUUCAGCUGUACUCCCUUGUUCACCAAAAUGAUAGGAUGGGAGGAGAAAUGCAAUUUCGAUCAACUCAUCACCCACAGUUCCAUGAACUUGAAGAGGUGGAAGAGGAAAAUAUCCAAAUUCCCCCACCAAGAAAGCGAUCCCCACGUGCUGCAAAAAGAAAACCUAGGCGACCAACCACUCUGAUUGAUGAAUUUCUUGAUGAAAAUUCUCAAAUUAGACACGUAUUCUUUCCUGGCCAGAAGCAUGUUAUAGAUCCAAUGAAGGAUACAGGGAAUGAUAGCUAUUACUAUUACCCUGGGAGGAUUUGGUUGGAUACUGAUGGAAAUCCUAUUCAAGCUCAUGGAGGUGGUAUUCUAUAUGAUGACAAAUUGAGGACAUACUAUUGGUAUGGGGAGUAUAAAGAUGGGCCCACAUAUCAUGCUCAUAAAAAAGGAGCAGCCCGGGUUGACAUCAUAGGAGUUGGUUGCUAUUCUUCCAGAGACUUAUGGAAAUGGAAAAAUGAAGGCAUUGUAUUAGCAGCAGAAAAAACAAACGAAACACAUGAUCUCCACGAAUUAAAUGUUCUCGAGAGGCCGAAAGUGAUUUACAAUGAGCGGACAGGGAAGUACGUUAUGUGGAUGCAUAUUGAUGAUGUUAACUACACCAAAGCUGCUGUUGGUAUUGCCAUUAGUGAUUACCCUACUGGUCCUUUUGAUUAUCUCUACAGCAAACGACCUCAUGGAUUUGACAGUAGGGACAUGACAAUCUUCAAAGAUGAUGAUGGUGUUGCAUAUCUAAUCUACUCCUCCGAGGACAAUAGUGAACUUCAUAUUGGGCCACUAACUGAAGAUUAUCUUGAUGUGACAAACAUCGUGAGAAGAGUUCUCGUGGGACAACAUCGGGAAGCCCCGGCUCUGUUCAAGUAUGAAGGAACUUAUUACAUGAUCACUUCAGGAUGCACUGGAUGGGCUCCAAAUGAGGCACUGGCCCAUGCGGCAGAGUCGAUCAUGGGGCCAUGGGAGACUUUGGGAAACCCCUGUGCGGGAGGGAACAAAGUGUCCCGACUUACUACAUUUUUUGCACAGAGCACAUUUGUGGUUCCUGUGCCAGCAUUUCCUGGUUCAUUUAUUUUCAUGGCAGAUCGAUGGAACCCGGCAGACUUAAGGGACUCAAGAUAUGUCUGGUUGCCUUUGAUAGUAGGGGGACCGGCUGAUAGGCCCCUGGAUUACAAUUUUGGGUUCCCAUUAUGGUCAAGAGUGUCAAUAUAUUGGCAUAGAAAGUGGAGACUUCCUCGGGGGUGGAGUUCUUCGAAAUGAAUAUAGGUUUUCCUCAUAUCAUCUGGUGUAUCAUACAUGAAGGCUAUGCUGAUUCUUUCACUGGCUUGCCAUGGUUGUUGUGUUACUGUAAAUGUAGAGCAUUUGCAAAUUGCAUAUAGUCCACUUGCGCAUGGCACACAAAGGCGAGUGUGUAGGAUGAUCAAUCUCAAGCACUGCCAAUGAACCCCUCAUUUUUUUAGAUUAUGUUAAUAUUAGCUAGCAUUGAGGCAGAGUGUCUGCUUGCAGGGAAAGAUUGCUUAUUAUCUAACAGUUCUGCUAAUAAUCACUUGAUGUUGCCCUUAGUUGAAG